AUGUUUGAGAUGGAUAGUAAUAUAACUUUAAUAAAAGAAUUGCAAGCUUGGCAUUCUUCGGUCUCUUUAGAUGCACAUUCCGGUCAAAAAUUACUAAUAGAAUCAGAAAGAUUUAAUAACACCCCUCCGUGUGUUCCAUUUACCAUUGAAGAAGAAAUAUUUGGGCCCCAAUAUGAAGGUGUACUCGACAGAAGUAUCCCUUAUCGCAAUAUUCAACUCACUGAAGGUCAGUUCUUUGGAUUUCGAAGGAAGGGUAUCAGUAUUUUUUUUAAGGAGACCAGUUUCUCGAAUCCCCUUGGAUGUGGAUUUUUGUUAGGAUGA